CGGGCCAGGACCAGAUCUCCACUAAAACUUUAGCAGGCAUUGCACAAUGUCUUAUUCGUGGUUCUACCGGAUGAACUGGCAGUCGGACUGCAGAUCGUUGGGGUUGGCUUGGUUGGAAAAACGGAAUAUGAUACUUUGCCGUCAUCUAUAUAUACCAAGGGGGGGGGACGAUGGGGCCGUUGCAAAAAGGCCAAGAACUACUCCGUUGCAACCAUCCAGUGCAACAAAGCAAUCAAGCAUUCUUUUGCAGUUCGCCAAGGCUGAUAUGAUAAGGAGCGAAGAUCGAUUACCAAAAUGGCGGGAGCUAAGAGUACUUCAAUCUCUGAGAGGUCGGGCCAAAACUCCCUCUCGACGAAAAAUGCCUCAUCGCUAAGUUCGGAUUCUCUUAUCGAACAGCCGCAGCAAACCAGACACUCACCGCGCGACAUUCCGAGCAACGUUAUCGCGGCGCUUCAUAAACGCGGAUUAGACAUUGAUGACACCGGAAAUGCCUGUUGGCAACCGACAAGUCGUCACCACCCGCGGAGAUGGACCCGAGCCCGGAAACUCUACGACACGUCCAUCAUUUGUUUUCUGGAGUUCUUCAUGACUCUGGCUAGCAAUGAGGGUAUUGCGAUUGCGCAGAACCAGUAUGAGGAGCUCGGAACUUCUACCGAGACUGCCAUUGCAGCUUUCACUACCGUCUACUUCAUGGGCCAGGCUCUGGGCAGUGUGAUAUUUCCCCCCAUUGCUGAAUCAUAUGGCAGCAGAAGCAUAUAUGCGACAUGUGGCUUCGGGUUCAUGUCAUGUGGUCUCAUUCUCGGCAUGGUGCCGAAAUUGCCCAUGGUCUUCGUCUGUCGUUUCUUUGAAGGAUUGUUUUCUGCCAUGCCGGCAGUCGUCGCUGCUAGUAGCCUGGAAAAUUUGUGGGACAUGCGGGCGAGAGUUUGGGUCUUUCAAAUUUGGACAUCGAUCUCGGUCGUGGGUCUUUCAUGCGGCCCUCUGGUUGGGACCGUAGUUGGCAUUUCUCUCGGCUGGCACUGGGUAUUUUUCAUCUCGGCCAUGGUUGGUGGUACCCUGGGAGUGCUGAGCCUCUUCAUGCGAGAAUCUCGACCAUCUUUACAGUUGGAAAUCCAAGUCAACAAAGUUGCCCGCGAGACCAAUUACAAAGAGCUGGGUGUCGAUGUCGGCGGCACUCCACCUACCUUUGGUAGAUUCGUCCAGACGUCGUUGAAGCUCCCGGUGCGCCUUUUCCUUACCGAACCUCUGGUCUUUACAAUCGCUUUGAUGGCGGCAUCGGUCUACAGCUUCGCAUACCUCUUUACAGAAGCACUGCCCGUGGUCUAUUCGGGUGAAUUCGAUUUUACACCUGUCCAGCAAGCUCUCGUCUACCUUGCGCUCGGCGUUGGAGCAAUCCUGACCGUUCUACCAAGACCGUACGACCUCCAUGUUUUAGCCAAGAGAGAUAGGCAAGGGGUGGAUGUGACGCCAGAGGACAAACUUUUCGGCUUCUACGUUGCUGCUCCUGUGCUUGCCGUAGGUCUUUGGUGGUUCGCAUGGACUGUUCCACCACUAGUCCGAGUCACACCAUGGGCAUCCAUACCGGCUCUUGUGCUAUUUGGCUACAGCACUGUGGAGUUCGAUAACGUGCUUUCGGGCUACCUGGCAGACACAUAUGCAAGCUUCGCCGGAUCAGCGAAUGCACCGCUGGCAUUUCUCAGAGCGAUCAUGUCGGGUCUGUUCCCUCUUUGUGGAACACAACUGUUCUCACUAGGCCCAAACUAUGUACUGACGGCGCUUUCGGUCCUAGCCACAGCAUACUGUGGCAUUGCUGUUUGGUUCCGGAUCCACGGGAGGAAUAUUCGACUCAAGAGCCCAUUCGCAGAAAAGACGUGGGCGGAUGCCAGGAGUAACAGUGCAGCCGGGUUGACGGCCGUGAGACCCAAUUCCGAAAGCGCUUAGCUGAUGAUGUUUAGAUAGUUCAACAGUUAUUGCUGAUUGCCCACUUCAAUCGAAAGCCCACGGGAA